AGUACUUUUUCACCCUACGAUACCCUACAACACAGUUUCGACUCGCACACUGCUUUUUGUUGUUGCCGAGCGAGGAAAGUCAGUCCGCGCAGUGAAUUUUUUUCUGUACCAACAACAACAACAACUCUAUCAUCUCUUCAACUACUACAACAACUAUAACAACAGCGCGCCUACAAGAACAGCAAUAAUAAGCACACACUCAGAGAAAAACCAUAGGAAUUAAGAGCAGAAGAGGAAAGCACCAGUGUGUGUGCAUGUAAAAAAGAGAAAGAAAGAAAGUAAGAGAGCAACAACUAUAUAUGAGUACAACACACAAGAAGAAGAGCAAUACAGAAAAAGUUGAAGAGAGGCAGCAACAGAAACAACAACAACAACACCAGCAGCAGGCCAGCUGAGAGCGCUGAGCGCCAACAAAAAAAAAAGGAUUCGAGGAAGUGAUCGAAGACGAUCGAUCCUAACUCACCAGAACUCACCUCAUCAUCAUUAUCAUCCUUUAACCCCCCCAAAACCGAAACUCACCUUCGAUCGAGGGUGUAACUUUUGUUGAUUCGAAAAACACACACUCGCAACUCUCAGGAUAUGUACGGCAACAAUAAUCCGGGUAGUAACAAUAAUAACGGUGGUUAUCCCCCAUAUGGCUACAACAACAAGUCGAGCGGUGGGCGUGGAUUUGGCAUGUCCCAUUCUCUACCAUCCGGAAUGGAUACAGAAUUUUCAUUUCCAAGUUCCUCGUCGCGUCGCGGUUACAAUGAUUUCCCCGGCUGCGGCGGUAGCGGCGGAAACGGCGGCAGUGCCAACAAUCUUGGCGGCGGCAACAUGUGCCACCUGCCGCCGAUGGCCAGCAACAAUUCGCUGAACAACCUAUGCGGCCUGUCGCUGGGCAGCGGCGGUAGCGAUGAUCUCAAUAUGAUGAUGAACGAUCCGCGGGCGAGCAACACCAACCUGAUUGUCAACUACUUGCCCCAGGACAUGACCGAUCGCGAGCUGUACGCCCUAUUCAGAGCCAUUGGACCCAUCAACACGUGCAGAAUCAUGAGAGAUUAUAAGACUGGCUACAGUUUUGGUUAUGCUUUCGUGGACUUCACAUCGGAAAUGGACUCGCAGCGUGCGAUUAAAGUUCUGAAUGGAAUCACAGUGCGCAACAAGCGGCUUAAGGUUUCCUAUGCCCGUCCCGGCGGCGAAUCGAUCAAGGACACCAAUCUAUAUGUGACCAAUCUGCCGCGCACCAUAACCGAUGAUCAGCUGGACACGAUCUUCGGCAAGUACGGUUCCAUUGUGCAGAAGAACAUCUUGCGUGACAAGCUCACCGGUCGUCCACGUGGCGUGGCUUUUGUUCGGUACAACAAGCGCGAGGAGGCCCAGGAGGCCAUAUCGGCGCUGAACAACGUAAUACCCGAGGGCGGAUCGCAGCCACUGUCCGUCCGGCUGGCCGAGGAGCAUGGCAAGGCAAAGGCGGCGCACUUUAUGUCCCAGAUGGGCGUGGCUGCGCCGAAUGUCCCACCGCCGCCGCCACCACCGCCGCCGCAUAUGGCCGCCGGAUUCAACAAUAUGGUGCACAGAGACGGAGCUAUGGAAAAAUUACGCUCAUUAUUCGAUGCUAUAUGCGAUGCUAUCUUUGGUCUCGAUAGCGACAACUUUGCCGAUUUGCUUGACGGACUGUACCGCAGGAAGUACCAUUAUCCCUACUUAUAAUUGACACCGCAACAGCAGCAGCAACUACUACAACAUCAGCAGCAGGCGUUGGGCUUCACCGGCAGCACCAACAAUAUGAUUGGCAAUGGUAAUGCUAACGAGAACAACAUGCUACUCUACCACCAGCAUUACCAUCAACAACAACAACAACAACAACGCCUGGGCAAUGUUGCUGCUCACAGUAGUAUGAGUCCAAAUGGAAGCAAUAAUAACAUCAACAACACGAACACCAAUAGCAUCAACUUUAAUACGAUACGCCAGAAUGGAGUUGCUGCACUUCACUAUCUUCAGGAGCAAUUGCAAUUGCAACAACCGCAGGAGCAACAAUCACAACAACAACAGCAGCCUUUGACAAUGCCAUCGCCGCCGCCGUAUCAACAUCAACAACAACAACAAUCGCGACACCAACCACACCAUAAUGGCAACAGUAGUAGCAGUCUUGGCAAUCAAUUGCUCGCCAUAGGCAGUAACAAUAACAAUAGCUUCAAUAACAAUUCCAAUCACUCCAAUAGUUUUAGUGGCAAUUACAACAACGCUAGUGCUUUCACCAACAACGGUGCCAGCGGCAGCAGCAGCGGUGGCGGCAACAACUUUGCCCACAACAACUCUGCGAGCAGUGGAAACAACUUCACCAACAACCCCACAAGCAGUGGAAAUUACUCCAAUAAUGCGGCUAGCGGCAGCAACUUCAGCAACAAUCUUUCUGGCAAUUACACCAACAGCAGCAGCAGAAACUACACCAAUAAUGCGGCUAGCAGCAGCAACAACUUUUCCAACAAUGCAGCUAGCGGUAGCAAUUACAACAAGAAUCCUAGCAGCAGCAACAUGAUUGGAAACAGCAACACUGAUAGCAACAACACCAAUAAUCACCACACUUCGCCGCAACACGACUUCAGUUUUAAUAUGUCGACAACUGAACAAGAACUGCAUCAGCAAACACUAAAGUUGCAGCAGCUGCACCUUGGCAACAGCUUCAACAACACAGCAGCGGCAGCAGCGACAUCAACAACAACAUCAGCGGCUGCUGCAACUUCCACUUCCACAACGGCAACGGCGGCAUCAUCAUCCACGAACCCCACAAAUGUCGGAUUCUUAUGGCGUACAUAACCAGAGAGUUGAGAAGCGUACGAUGAAGGCAAUCUUCAAAUUAGAAAUUAUAUAUAACAAACUUAUAUAUAUCUAUAUAUAUAUAUAUAAAACUAUGAAUACCUUAUAUUGAUCAUCGUAGUAUCAGCAUCCAUCGAAACCAUAUACAGAAACCCAAAUUUUUAUGUUCUCAAACCCCAAGAAUUAAUUAACUAUAUACUUUUUUUUUUGUAUGUUCCUCACUUUAACCCUUAUGUUGUAGUUGGUUUUUUUGUGCUUUUUUUUGGGAAGAAUCUUUUUUUUCUUUUUGUAACUAGCUGUAAGGCAAGACACGUAUAUGUAUACAAAUCAUAAAUAAUUAUAUAUAAAUAUAUAUAUAGAAUGAGAGAUCGACGAAGAAGUCGAUCAAUUUUUUUGCUUAAACUUAGAGAAAAGAAACCUAUGAGAAAUACAUUUUUUUGUCACAUAUUUAUAACGUAUAAUCGUAAAGAAAUACAACAAAAUAUAUUAUAUACAAAAACACACACAUUAUAUAUCUAUAACUAUAUAACAUACUUGUAGGCGUGAAGACAUAAGCUCUGAUUGUUUAGUUUUUUUUUUCUCUGUGUCUGAAACUGAUUUUUUUGGCGCGAACUAUGCCGCAACAACGUACACGGGCAUCGUGUAUGUUUAUAGCUGAAGUAAAUCGAGAUAUAUGAAUACAUAUUACUUUUUUUUUCAUAAUUUAUAAAUCCAUUUUUUUUGUCUAUAUUAUAUACGUAACGAAAUGGCUAAACCGGCUGGACAUGCUCAAGUUUUCAGGCUGUUUAUUACUACAUUUAAAACGAAACAAAAACAAAAACAUAAAUACUUAGCUAGAAAUAUGCUUGAGUAGGAGAAGGAGAAAGAGACCCAGACAAAAUUACAAUACAAACCCAAUUUUUUUCAUAGCUAUAAUGAAUAUGUAUUUUUUUUACUAAGUAUAACUACUUUUUUUGAAAUCCAUUUUUUUUAUUACUUUACGAAAAAACUUGAGCAUGUAGCAGCAAGAGAAACGAAGCGAAGCAAAAUAACAUUCAAAAUCCGAGUAAGAAAAGAAACGUGAUAAAUAGCCCGACAAAAUGAAAAUCAGAAGAAAUUGGAAAGUAGAAAGAAAAAAUAGAAACGAAAUCGAAAGAAACGGAAAAAAGAGAACACGAAAUCAUUGGAGUGACUUGGCUUUAUUUUCAACUUUAAAUAACUCGAAGAAAGCACAUCGUUAAUGUUUUAACUUUGUAUUUUAUUUUAAGUUUUUGUUUUUAAUCCUUUUAUUUUACCCAAUUUUCGAUAUUCCAAUUCAGCCAGUCACUCCACCUGCAGACAACAGAUAAUUUUUCGGUGUAGGUGCAUAAAUUAAUGGAAGAGAACAAGAGAUAUUAUGCGAUGAUCCUUUUUGCUAAAUUCUUUAAAUACUUUUAUUAAUUACUUAUAAACAAACAAAAAAAUGUAAAAAAUUUUAAUUUGUUAAAAAAACGUGAAAAACAUUUCAGAAUUUCAAUUUUAUUUUAUUAUUUUAUUACCAUGUCUCUGGCUUAAAACAAAACUUACAAGAAACUAAGAAAAGCAUUAUUUAAGGCAACUUAAUAAACAUUUUCGACACAAACAGCA